GAGAAAGCUAGCUCAGAAUUGAUUGGAAGCUCUGCUUAUGAUGAAGCAAAGGGUACGGAGCUGCCUCAUGUAUAUGAAUUCACUGUAGCAGCAGAAGAUGUUGAUGUUACUUGUCCAGGUGAUUUGGAAAGCAAUGCCUAUAGUAAGAAUUCUUCAUCUCAAUUUUAUCUAAGGCACCGAUAGUUUUUUGUUUUUUUGUUUUUCAUUCCAACUUGAGUUGAAGAAGACGAACUCACUGCCCUUGUCACUGGUCUAACUCACAUUUGCUAAUUACGAUUCAAUUAAAAGAAAUAAAAACCGGGAAAAUAUUCCAAGAGCAGCAGCCCUUUUUAAGUGUCACGUGGACUGCGACUUUGCUCUUUAAAAGAGCAAGUAUAUAUACUUUGCAUUCCCUUUUGGGGAGAUCUGCCCAAAAGUGGAGUGAGAUUCCAGUCCUACUAGAGGAGGAAAAUCUGCCCAGGGAAAUUGCAAAUUUCCAAUAAAUCGUAACUAAUAUUUGUAAGAGAGGUAAGGUAAAGAAGCAGAAAAUUGGAGAAGGCAUAAACCAAAAUUAAACAAGUCCCAGAAAGUUUCCAAGGUAUCAGAUACAAUUUCAAUAUAUACCAGUCCCUGCCUUCAUCUUCUUCAACAAAGCCAAUCCUCUCCUUCCAAACCAUACAUGGCAGACAAAAGCAAAUCGUUUCGCUUUAGGUUCUCUUUGCGUAAGCGUGGUUCUCAGCGUGGUUCUCAAGUAGAACCAGAGCCACGUCCAGUGGCUAAAGCCCAAAUCCCCGCCCAGACAACCACCAAUGUCCCUGUAGAGCGACCGCCAUUUCGGCCUGCAGGAAUUGCCCCUGUGAAGUCCUCUCCUUCCCAAGCUCAGGCACCAUCAAGAACUGAGCAUCCUCCACAAUCACCAUCUCCAUCUCGUGCAAAUGAGUCCCGAAAACCAUCUGGUUCAACAACUGAAACUCAAUUUCAGGUUGAAUCUUCUCCACCAUCACCAUCUCGUGUAGCUUCUCAACCCAUCCAAGCAGCAUCACAAGUAUCAUCCCCUCAGACUCAACCACAGCCCACCGUUCCAGAGAGCUCUUGGCUUCCUUCCGUUUCUGCUCAACCCCCAUCACCUGCCUCUCAACCAGAACCAAAGGAAGCAAUACCUCAACCAAAUGCAGAAAUCGUUACGUCUGAAACUAUUUCCAAUGCUUCAAGAGAAAUCACCGUUCAAACUCAUCCAGCUUUGGCAGUAGCAGAAACAAUUGCUUCACCUGAGAAGGUUGAUCCUGAUACCAUUGGUAGAGAUCAAAAGCAGCUUCCAGAAUCAGAGACAGAGUCAAAAGAGGGGAAGAAAGUAGUGCAAGUGCUGACCAAAGAAGAAAAGACCAACGAUCCAGGUUAUGGAGAACCAAUGCAAGAAACAGUCAUUCAAUUUCAUGCUGCAGUAACAGGCUCAGGAGAGCACACUCAAGGGCCGGUUGGAGUUGCAUCGCAAGCAGAGGAACAGCACGAGAAGCAAGAAACUUCAGAUAGAACGGAGACUUUUACCACCACCAGCUCCAGUUCGAAACCGAUCAAAACUCCAAAAGACAGAAGCACCUCAAAGAUGUCUUUUCAAAAGAUAGUUUCGUCAACUGCAGAACAAGCUCCCCCACAUAAAGAAAUCAGAGAAGAUGCUCGCAAACUUCAUAAGCAGGGCACUGGGAACCAAAUGCUUGAAAAUCUAGUUAGCGUCAUCACCCUAACUGGUGAAAACAAAGGAGCAUCAAUGCACUCAAGCUCAGAACCAGUAAAAGAAGAAGAAUCCGUUCACAUACACCGCAGAUAUAAGAGCAAUCCAGAUGACAGCCUUGAAUCCACUACUGAUGAGGUAAACAACAAGGAUAGAAGUUUCGAGGACGGGAAGAUUCAUGAUGAUCAACAAACGGGUGCAUUUAUCAACAGCAAUGUACAGAGCAUCAAUAACGCUAUUGUGUUCAAUAGUUUUGUCACAGAAGGGAACUCCGGUGUUGAGGUGGUUUUUCCUCAAAACCCUGCAGAAUCCAUCAAGUCAAAUGGUAAAUCAGAGCCCCUUGAAACACACAACGCUAAAUUCACCGUCAGACGGCGAUGCCUUAGAGGGCUCUUCUUGGAACCAAGUGACUCAGACCCAGAUAACCCUGAAAAGCCUCGACGUCAUGGCUGCCGCUAUAGUUGUGGGGGAAAGAGAACAGACUGAGAUCGGGAUUCUCUAACCAUCUAAUAUCACCUUUAUAAGAUCUAUAUUUUAAGAUGAGAGUGAUGUUUACGUACUUGGAGAAAGUUGCAAAAAAGUGCUUUUGUGCAUAUAAAUAAAUUGGCAACUUACAU